AGGCUUCAUUAUUGGUGCCAGUUUGUAUAUGUGAUUAGCAUCCACAGUAAUAAAAUCCAAUGCAGUUAGCAAAUUCGCUGCUCCAUACUCUGUUUUCUCAUGGUAUCAGAGCAAAGGAGUCUAAAUUGACAGCAAGGUUUUGCUACAACAGCAAGUUAGAACAACAAGUUUUUGCUGCCCUGAGGAAUCAAUGAUGACAGACAACGAUCAAGCCAAGAAAGGAUAUAGGGGAGCAAGGGGAGACAAGGCUGUCCUCAAGACAGUAAAUCUGGACUCACCUUAUUAUCUUCAUCCCAGUGAUGAUCUUGGAAGGGUUCUAGUCACAUCUCCUUUAACAGGAGAAAACUUCCAUACAUGGAGGAGAGCGAUGCAGAAUGCUCUACAUGCAAAGAACAAAAUGGGGUUCGUUGAUGGAACUCUUAAAAAGCCAAGUGCAACUUGUCCAGAGUUUCUGGCUUGGACAAAGUGUAACUCCAUGGUAAUGUCAUGGAUAUUGAAUGCUCUCUCCAGGGAAUUACAUGACAAUAUGGCUUAUGCUGAGAGUGCAGCAGAGGCUCAUGAACCUGUGCCAACAUCUAGUUAUGGCUGCACUUGUGGUGCAAAAAAGGAGUUUACAAGGACACGAGAGACUGAGAAGGUUCAUCAAUUUCUCAUGGGCUUGAAUGAGAAUUUUUCUACCAUACACUCACAGAUCUUGAACAUGGAACCAUUACCAUCUCUCAACAAGGUUUACUCAAUGGCCACAAAAGAAGAAAAACAGCAAAUGGUGUCUGCAUCUAGAAGUCCAGCUAUAGAGGCAAUGGCUUUAGCAGAAAAGACAAGUUAUAACGAAAAGGUGAGCACAUCAGGGAAACCACGCUGUGAUAACUGCAAAAGCAUAGGCCACACAAAGGAAAGAUGCUAUGAAAUAAUAAGCUAUCCAGCAAACGUGCAAUUGAUUCUAAGUGGGUAUAUAAGGUUAAAUUCAAACCGGAUGGGACAGUUGAACAGUAUAAAGCUAGAUGACAUAGUGAUUACAAGCAAUGAUGGUGAGAAACUUGCAGCUCUUAAGGCUUAUCUACACAAAGAGUUUUCCAUAAAGGAUUUAGGCCUUUUGAAGUACUUCCUUGGUGUUGAGGUCGCUCGAACUACUGAAGGCAUCAUUUUAAGUCAGCAAAAAUAUGCUCUUAAUAUCCUUACAGAGGCAGGAUUGCUUGGAGUGAAACCCAGCCACUUUCUCUUGGACCAGAAUCAUCGACUCGCAUUGGCUUCUGGACCUUUAGCAUCUGAUCCUUCACAGUAAAAGAGAUUGGUUGGGAGACUACUUUAUUUAACAAUCACUCGACCAUAUAUUUGUUAUUCUGUGAGUAUUUUGGCUCAAUUCAUGCAAAAUCCCAAGCAAAAACAUUUUGAGGCAGCCAUGAAGGUCCUGCGUUACAUCAAGAGAUCACCGGGGCAGGGGAUUUUA